GAGUGUUCUCCUCCCCAGUUGUGUAGAGUGUUAGUGAGUUUUAUUUGAUAUUCAAGAGUCCUUGCUUGUAGCCUCACAGUGUCGACAUGGUUUGCCAGAAAGAACCUCUUGUACAGAAAGUCUGCGAUCUGUAUGAGCAAAUCUCAAGCCUUGAGAGUCUCAAACCCUCCAAAGAUGUCGACAUGCUCUUCACACAGCUUGUUCUCACGUGCAUCCCACCAAACCCUAUCGAUGUCAACAAGCUUUGCAAGAAAAUUCAAGAAAUGAGGUCUAAGCUCAUUAGACUUUGUGGAGAAGCGGAAGGGCUUUUAGAGAGUCAUUUCUCUGCUAUCCUAGGGUCCUAUGAAAACCCUCUUGACCAUCUCAAUGUCUUUCCAUAUUAUUCAAACUACCUUAAGCUUAGCCACCUCGAGUUCAACAUCCUCAAGCAACACUGCACGAAUGUCCCUAGCAAAGUUGCGUUUGUGGGUUCCGGUCCGCUUCCCUUAACUUCAAUUGUGUUAGCCUGUAAUCACCUCACCGCAACUUCCUUCCACAACUAUGAUAUUGACCCUUCAGCCAAUUCGAAGGCUCUUCAAUUAGUCACGUCUCAUCCUGACUUGUCGAGUAGAAUGUUCUUCCACACGACCGAUAUAAUGGAUGUGACAAGUGAGCUUCAAGAGUUUGAUGUCGUCUUCUUGGCAGCUUUAGUUGGGAUGGACAAGGAGGAGAAGGUUAAGGUCAUCGAUCAUUUGGCUAAGCAGAUGGCUCCUGGUGCUAUAUUGAUGCUGAGGAGUGCUCAUGGAGCUAGGGCUUUUCUCUACCCAGUGAUUGAUCCUUGUGAUCUUCGAGGAUUCGAGGUCCUCUCUGUGUUUCAUCCGAGUGAUGAGGUGAUAAACUCUGUUGUCAUCGCUCGUAAAUAUUCAAUGCCUCUAAAAUCAAUUGAUCAUCAGCAAACUGGUCUGGGCUCCAUGAUAGUGCUGCCUAACAAGUGUUGUGAGAUCCUGGCCUUCAAUCCCCUCAGCCAUGUUACCAUGGUUGAAGAGUUGGCUGUUGAGGAGCAACACUCAUAAACUCUCUAUCCAUGUGUGCGACCUUAAUAUCUUCUUAUAUUAUGCACCAAUUGAGAAUUGAUCUCUAAUUGCAUCUUGUUGUCUCAUGAAUGUCUAACAUAUGUAUUAUUGUUUUCUACUUUUGUUGUGUCCUUCCGAAUUUGUGUCUUUUGCUUUUCAACUUCAAUGAAUAAAAACAUCUAUUUCAAA